UUAAGCUAAUUUUGGCAAAUAUUCAUUUCGAUGAAUAUAUGUAUUCUUGAAAAUAUACGAGGCGUAUAUACACAAGUGUUGACGCUUUGACAUGCUUUUAAUAAGUAUUCGCUAUAUUAUCGUAAAGUAAACUGUAAAAUUGAAUCGCACUGUUUGUUGUAUAGAUAAGCGAUAAAUCGUAACUGUUUGAAAUCGACGUUCAAUCGUGAAAGUUCGUGUGUGCACUAUCCAUAUUGUCAUUACUCGAAAUAUGGCAUAAAAUUUGUGGCUUAUAUCCGUGGAAUGCAUAGUCUACGUAUAUUUUCUCCGUUCUAAGAGACAUUUGGGACAGUGUGUCAAGGCUAGAGAUUCCACGAAGUAACAUAGUGCUUUGGGUCUCGUUUUUAUUACGUUUCACACGAUGUAACGUCGGAGCGGGGAGAAAGAUCAGCGUAUGCAUCUGAAACGCGUUUUGAUCUGAUGGUAACUGCUCUGCUCGUCGAUGGAUGCUCUCUUGUGAUCCGUAUGUGUCUUCGUGUACGGAUUUCCUGCUGAGCCGGGAUCUAGAACACGGUGUCAAGGUCAAGCGAAUCCGACGAAGAAUUCGCGUGAAUGUCAAAUAUUAAGCAGAAAUCGAGAGGCAACCAUUUCGAUACGUGACAUCUCGGUUCACGAAGAUCGGUGUAUUGUGGAAUUGUCAAACGCGUAAGCGUGUUAAAUCAAGCGGGAAAAAUCAUUACCACGGUCGUUACGUCACGACAGUUUGAAGCUAGUGCGUUCCAGACGAAAAAAUGUGAUUUUCCCGUGACUUAUCUUGAAAAAACAGUAUGUUUUUGCAAUUUUUUUUUUUCGUCAAUGUAAGUUUUGACAUUGCAUCGCCAUUACGUUGAGUGUAUAUACGUUCAUACACGAAAGAAAGAAUAACAGAGAUUUGGCGGGAUAACAAACUAAUCGUAGGUUCAACAGAAAAAAGCGUAACCAUCGAUAAAACAGUUUCUCUUUUUUUUUUUUUCGUAUUUUUUUCUGUGUAACAGUGCCUCUUCAUCGUUUCAUCAAAAUUUCGAUAUAUUGUCGAAUGUUUAUUCGUCAUCCAACACAGAUAGAUAGGUUUUUAUCUGUACGCGAAGAAACAAGCACGAGCGAUCGUGCGAGUAAGAUUAACCGGCGACCUGGCUAAUUUUAAUUCGCGCAACAAACAAGCCGCGAAGUUGUCGCGCGAUAACAGUGGUACAUCACAGUUGUAACGUUGAACGUCGCUGUUUGCGCGUUCUCCAAUAUGGCGAACGACGCCGAAGAAGAGUUUAGUGUUCUAAAAGUUUCUUCUUGAAUAACGCGUUCGUUCGAAGUAUCAACAGUUUUUUCGUUAACAGGUGUGCAAUUAACAUAGUUAACAAGUGUAUAGUCUAUGGAGUGAAAAAACCAAAGUGUUAAAAGAUAAUCUUCAAAUUAAACAAUCGAUACUCGUUUCUUGUACAAUGAUACGCAAGGAUAAUCUACCGAAUUACAGUUUGCACUUUGAUCAUAUAUACAAAAAAUUUAGAGAUUCGUGUACUUGAAUCGAUUCGCGCAUCGUUCAACAAAAUUGAUUGGUACGCGGUAUCGUUCGAAAAGUGUUAACUAUGUGGAGUAAAUCACAGGAGCAAGUAUACUUGCAUUCUCAACAACAACAAACGCUUCAUCCGGGGAUCAUCGGCACGACAGAUAUGAUGCAACAUCAUCAUUCAUCCGCCACCAUGGAUUUGUCGAUUCCAAGCAAUCCAAGAGCGUCACGGAACAUGGCGGAGAAACAACGCCGAGACAAUCUUAAUACGAAUAUCUCGGCGAUGGCCGCGCUCGUACCAACUGUCGCCGAAAGCCCGAGGAAGAUGGACAAGAUAUCUAUCCUGAGAUUAGCCGCUAAUUUCCUCAGAAUACGAUACACUGUUGGACGUGGCGUAUCUGAUUUUCUACCUCGAGAACUUGGUGAUCUGGAUUUGGAACAAUAUAUAGGCGAUAAUUUGAUUAAAAACGGGAGCUUCUUUAUUGUUGUCACGACCACCGGAAAAAUAGUAUACGUCAGUCGGCAAGUUCAAGAACAUCUUGGUCAUACUCAGGCGGACCUACUUGGCCAUUCUCUUUACGCAUUCAUUCAUCCCAAAGAUGAAGAGGAGCUUGCGAGGAACCUUAACCCGGAUGAAAUGCAAGGUGUGGUAUCCUCGUCAUUGCCACAGAUCACCGACGGAUCGAAUGACAAUUCCAAUUCAUCGGAGGAUUCAACAUCUUCGAAGAACGGUAAAACGUUCCAGAAUCAGAGGCGGACUUUCGAACUUCGAAUGUUGCAUCGUACUUCAUCGAGGCGAGAACAUACACAGUACGAAUGGUUUGAAUUCUCUGGAAUGCUCAGGCUUGCGGAUGCUUGCAAAAAUUCCGCGUCAAAUGUUAAUCGAUCGAGACAUCGAGAAAUUACUUCAACCAGUAACGACAUCGUUUUCGUGGGUGUAGCACAAUUAUUGAUGAAGCAGCCACUCACGAAAAUUUCGAUAAUAGAUGCUAAUAAGAAUGAGUAUAUCACUCGACAUUUGGUAGAUGGCAGGAUCAUUUAUUGUGAUCAUAGGGUGUCAGUUGUGGCUGGAUAUUUAUCGGAAGAAGUAUCGGGUAUGAGUGCUUUUGGUUUCAUGCAUAAAGAUGAUCGUAUUUGGGCGAUGGUUGCACUUCGUCAAAUGUACGAUCGCGCGGAAACUUGUGGAUCAUCUUGUUAUAGAUUAACAUCAAAAACAGGAGAACCCAUUUAUCUACGCACUCAUGGAUAUUUAGAAGUAGAUAAGGAUACACAAAUUGCAGUAUCCCUUGUGUGCAUAAAUACAUUAGUAUCGGAAGAGGAAGGAAUACAACUUAUGCAACAGAUGAAAAAAAGAUUUUCGGCUACGAUUUCUGAAACCAUGAGAGCCAUAAUCCAAAAUGGAGAUGAUGCAUCGAUUGAUUUGGGCUCAGAUUCUCAAAAUCCAAAUUCGAAAAGUAAUAUGGAGGAUCCCGCACAAUUAGAAGAUGCUAUCACAUAUCUAGUUAGUGAUCUGUCAUCACCUCUUCCAGAAGAUUGUCUAUCACCUCCUACACAAAAUGAACAGUAUGCGAAAGCUGCUAUGAUAUCACAACAUUUACCUCCUGCUGAAGCUCAAGCUCGAAGACUUGGAAUUAAGAAAAUCGAUCGUUAUUUAAUGGUGCAAGCCAAGGCAAAUCAUAAUCAGAAAUCAGAAUCAAAGACAAAUACUAAUAAGAAUAACUCUAAUGAAAGACAAGAAAAUACGAGAUCGUCAAGAAAAACUGUACAUGAAGUUACAAAACAAACACGUAAUAGUACACAAGAUGAACAAAAUUCAUCACGAACUAAUAGUAUAUCUAAUGUAGAAUCAUGCGUAAAUACCCAACGAAAAUCUGGAAUAUCUCAACUUGAGCUUCGUCAAAAUGUGGAUAUUUUGAAUCCUAAUACUACAGUUAAGAAACCUGUUGCAACAAUAGAAAAUAAUUCAUGUAAUAUUAAAAUUGAACGUAAUAUGGAUGUUUAUAUGCCCGAAACAAUGAUUGAAUACUUUGAAAAGAAUGCGAUUGAUAAUAAUGUUACUUCUGAUUUAAAGAAUCAUCCAUUGAAGAGGAUAUAUAGUGACGAAGAUAUUAAGACAGGUUGCACUAAAAAAAGACAGUAUAAUAAUGUUCCUUAUGCAUCAUCGGAUACAAGCGAUGAACAGAAUAUUUCUUAUAUUGAUUGUAAGUCUUUCGUUGAUGAAGAAUUUUCAGAACUUUCAACGGAUUUCAACAAUAUAAAUCCUCAAUCACUAAAGAUUGCUGAAUCACCAAAUUCAAGUCUAAGUGAAGUCAUAACUGAUUAUCAGCAAGUGGAUUCUAGUAUACCACUUAUAGCUCCAAAUCCUGAAUUGGAACCGGAAUAUGGCGAUCUUCAGGACAAUUCAUUGCUGAGCCCAGACCUGGAAGCAAAUCCAGAUCUAAUAAUGAAAAUAUUUGAUGAUCUAAGGCAUAUACCAAUUCUUGAAAAUACUUUUAAUGAAACAGAAGUACAAUUAACAGACAAUAUGGUAAUCAAUAAAGAAAUAAGGAAAAAACAUCUUCAACUUAUGAAUAAUAUAGCACGCCAAGAAUCACAGUUGAAUGUUUUGGCACGAGACUUCAAAAAUCCAGCUUUACAAGCGAAAAGAGGAAGUUUAACACCAUUAGAGGUAGAACAUAAUAUGCAGAAACAAAUUCUUGAGACUUUACAAAAAGAUCACAUGCAAAUAAAUAUAAAACAUAAUAUUGGUGUGUAAAAGUAAAAUUCGGAGUUUGGAAUUACUUUUAACAAAAUAUUUCUUUGAAAGAACUAUUCUUAAGAAAUAUACAAUUGACAAACAAAAGUGUGCAUAUCAUUGCACAUUGAAUAUUUCAAUGAAGAUUAUUACAACUUAUUUCUCAACCAAUGAUAACUAACGAAAUAGAAGAAGAACGUAACAAUCUGCAAUUGCAUAAUAAUCGACUUAUUACAAUUCAACAAAGGAAAGAUAAUAAUAUUUAUUAUCAAAGUCUAGUGAAAAUGUAGUGUCGAUUAAGAAAACUUCAAUAUUCUGUGUUUUUAAACUGAAGUAAGAAGAAGCAUCAUAAGUAGACAAUGUAUAAAAUAAUCAAGAUGUAUAUUUUACAUCUAUUCAUGGAGACUUUUUGAAAGUCUAGUGUGGACAUUAUACAUCGCCAUGUUUGGCGUACCUAUAAAUGAACAUAUAUUUCAAUAACUGCUUGAAAUAUAUACAUAUAAAUUGUAUUGUAUAUGAUGGGCACGUUUUACAGUUUUGAAGGUCCAAUGUUGCGCAGUUUUCAAAUUUUAUCGUAAUUAACUUUUAUAUAGCGUGAAGCCAAUUUUAAGCGGCUACGCUAUUUAUUUAGCCUCCAGGACUGUUUGUGCUUGGCUAUUGUUCUCAAUCGAGAAAAUUAACUCCACGUCGAAUGACUAUGAUAUGUAUAUGAACUAUAUAUAUCGGAUGGAUACAGUACCAGUUCUGUUUAAAUCCUAUUAAUUAUUGGAAUUCAAAAUUAUAAAAAAAAAAACAAGUUUGUAGUACAAAAUUUCUGUUUUAGACAAAAAAUAUGCUUAUAAAAAAACAUAUUAUAAAAAGAAUAUUAAUUAUAUGUAAUUGUACCUUUUUACUAUUGUUACGUGAAAUAAUUCUAACUAUGACAAAUUGACUGUCUCGAUUUCUAUCGAUUUCUUUUUUUUUUUUUUUCUAAAACAAUUUUGAAAAUUGUGUGGAUUGUUAUUAUUUCUCUGUAUAUUUACAUGCAUUAUUUGUAACAUACAUAUGCACUUUUAAGCAUUUUACAUAUUGACUUGUUAUCUUUUUUUUUUUAAAUAUAUAUUUCAUUGGAAGAUAAUGGUAAUUAAAAUUAUCAUUUUUUCAUAAUGAAAUUUUUUAGAGAACUUGGUAUUUUAUACGUUAUAUUUCGUGAUUAUAAUUAUUUUGUUAUGAUGAAUUUUUAGACUUUACUGGCCUUGUUAUCCACCCAAUACCGUGUUGCUUUAUAUUAUUUUAUUAAUUAUAGUUAAGCUUUAGUAUUUACUAUAAGUAGUAUAAAAUUUUCGUGAUUAACUAAUAUGUGAUAUUAUUAAAAAUACAUAUACUAUUAAUCACGAUUUUUUUUUAUCUAAUGAAUCAUAAAAAUCAUAAACAAGCAUAAUCAAGCAAAUGAAUUCAAUGUAAAAAAUAAAAUAUACAGAAUGGAAUUAUGCAUUGAAAAAAUUAUAAGAGCGCAUACAUUAUGGAUAUAUUCAACACAUAUGAAUAAUAGAUCUAUAUGUAUAUCAUUUAGUUCCAGUUUCCUAUGUACAAGCAUAAAUAAGGCUGAUAAAUUGUAAAUAAUUCCGAAUAUCUUAUUGAUUGGUAUUAUUACCGAUUAAAGAAAUCACUGGGUUUUUUUUGUGAAUUGUUCAUCAUUCAUUCAUAUUAUCUAUUUGCAACUCGUGUGCUAUUUCCCAAAUACAUUAAAGAGUUUUUCAUGCUCUUGUGUACUGAUGCGAAUUUUGAUAUCAGUAGAAUUUAGAAUUGUAGUUUAAAAAUGAUGUUUUAAUGUUUGGGCAGUCUUUUUACCCCUUUUAACGUAAAUUCAUAUUUGAAACACGAUGGCAAAGCAUUGUAGACAUGAUAUUAUUCAAAAUAAUAAUGUUUAUAGAUUCAAAUUGAGUUUGAUGAUUUGGCAGAAGCUAUAUAUAUAUAUAUAUGUAUGUAAUUAUUUUGAAAAUUGAAAAUUAUUUUUGAUCGAUACUUUGUAUGAAUCAAAAUUAUAAAAUUACGAGAAAGGGGGAUUAUCUGCGUAUAAUUCUUAUACAUGUACACAACAUGUUCAUUGUAAAAAAUGAUCGUUAAUUUUAUGUCAUUGACAUCGAUGUCAAACAUAUUGAGGUAUAUCAUGUCAUUUUAUUUUUGUUUUUUUCAACUAAGAUUAUAAUAUAUAAAUGUAUAAUAUUAAGAAAAGCUUGAGAUAUAAACUAUGCUCAUUUUUAUGAUUAAGAGGAUUCAAUUAUCCUUGCCUCAUGAUUGCUCGAUGUUGAUAAAGAUUCAAACUUUUUUAUAUAUUAUCAUAUUGUUAGUAAAAAUAUAAAUGAUCCCACAAUGUAAUUCACGUUACAUUAUUGGGAUGUUUAGUUAAGUGAAUGGCAGACUUUCCAAUUUGUCAUGAUCAUUAUAGUACAAACAGCAAGUUUAAAGUGUCUGUAUUUAGUGUCACUCUCUUUAAUCUAUCAAAUUGUUCAUGUGUUUUGUGAUCUUUGGCAUUUUAAGCCUGGCCAUUGUGCUCAUUGUUUUGUAUGUUUCAAACUAUGCAUAGAAAUUGUAUUUCUACAAUUAAUUGUUAUUAAACUAAUUACGAAAUGAUCAAGAUAUGUAGUAUCUAUAUCUUGUUAAUUAAAAACAUUAUAAUACAUAUAAGUGAUUUUUAUGUGUUUCUUGAAGCCUCAUAAAUAAGAUCAGUAUAUAAUUUACAUCUAUAUAACAUUUAUUGAGGGCAGAAUGAAAAAUGUAUAAUAGUUAUUCAAUAUAAAAAGAAUCUGCUCUUUCACUCAAAAAAAUCAAAAUCUCUGCCCGAUUAGAACAUAAUAAUAAAUGAGCAGAACGUGACACGAACAGAUGGCACUACAGAAUUCGCUUAACAUUUAAUCAUAUAAUACUGUAAAUACUAUCUUUAUUAUAUUUUAUACUCUGCUGUUUGCACAUAAGUGAUUUUUACAAUUUAUUUCUGUAAGUUAACAUACGCGAAGCACAAUUUAAUACAAUUGUGUUUUACAUCCUUGUAUAUUUCUACACAUAUAUCUUUAUAAGUAAAAAUGGCAUCUUUCGAAUUAUUGUGUGGUCGAAUUAAAAUAUUAAUUUUGCAAUCUACAUUCUGUGCAUCAAGCAAUGUUAAAAAGUUUUUAUAUAAAGCGGUUGUCUCUUCGUAAUCUUGUUUGUAAAAAUGGAAAGAUAAAUAUGAAACAAUUUAUCGUGUGCUCGUUUUCCGCAAAAAAAAAAAAAAAAAAAAAAAAAAAAAAAAAAAAAGGAA